AAGCGAAAGAUUUAAUUCGAAUGAUGUUAACUGUUGAACCAGCAAAUAGACCAACCAUUAAUCAAAUAUUAGAAAAUCGAUGGUUAUCAGAAUAUAACAGUGUCCUACAGGCACCACUGAAUACGCCUCAGGUACUGGCGGAAGAAGCACCACAACGGUCUGCCGUUACAGUGGCAAUUAGAAAUGCUAAUGGCGAUAAUCGAUUAGAGGAUACAGACGACGACGGUAAUAAUAGCAUAACCUUUUCAAUUACAAACAAUAUUUUAUUUCGACGACGACAGAGGCGGCGUGCCCUUAGAAAUGUUGUUUAG